UUCACUUGAAGCCACCAUCACCAUAGAAAUUUCACACAAUACUCUCUGUCCCCAAAACUCAAACACUAAACUUUUUUCCUCUUUCAAUUCACCAUGAAAUUACUUCUCUUCUUCUUCCUCACACCAUUUCUCUUCUUCCUCAAAUGUUCUUCCACAGCAAAUUUCAGUACCCAAAUUGCUUCACCAAGUUUGAUUUUACCCCUAAAAACUCAAAUCACAUCUGGGUUUUCCGCACCAAAUAAACUCCCAUUUACUCACAAUGUUACUCUUACUGUUUCCCUUUCAGUCGGUACGCCUCCACAGAAUGUAACAAUGGUGCUUGAUACAGGUAGUGAACUCUCAUGGCUACAUUCAAAUUCAACCCGAAUUAAACAACCCAUUUUCAACCCGAACCGCUCACUUACCUACAGACCCGUUUCUUGCUCCGAACCCACUUGCACGACCCGAACUCAAGAUUUCUCCAUCCCAGCUUCUUGUGAUUCGAAGAAUUUCUGUCAUGCUGUGCUUUCUUACGCAGAUGCUUCGUCUUCUGAAGGGAAUUUAGCUAUGGAUACGUUUACGAUUGGCGGGUCGAAUUUUACGGGUACGAUAUUCGGGUCAAUGGAUUCGGGUUUCAGUAGUGAUUCGGAUGAAGACGAAAAGACAACCGGGUUAAUGGGUAUGAACCGUGGAUCUCUAUCUUUUGUUUCACAAAUGGGGUUUAAGAAGUUUUCUUAUUGCAUUUCGAGCCUUGAUUUUUCUGGUAUUUUACUUUUUGGUGAAUCGAAUUUUACUUGGAUUUUACCGUUAAAUUACACUCCGUUAGUCGAAAUUUCACUUCCGUUACCUUAUUUUGAUCGAGUUGCGUAUACUAUUAAACUUGAAGGUAUUAAAGUGUCGAAUAAAUUACUUCCGAUACCCGAAUCCGUAUUUAUACCCGAUCAUACCGGGGCGGGUCAAACCAUGGUUGAUUCGGGUACCCAAUUUACUUUCCUAUUAGGUCCAGCUUACACUGCACUAAGGAGUGAGUUUUUGAACCAAACUAUGAGAACUCUUAAGGUCCUUGAGGAUCAAGAUUUUGUUUUUCAAGGUGCAAUGGACUUGUGUUAUCGGGUACCUGUUAAUCAAACGUGGUUACCUAAGUUACCAUCGGUUAGUUUAGUGUUUCGGGGUGCAGAAAUAACGGUUUCAGGAGAACGAUUGUUGUAUCGAGUACCUGGUGAAAUUCGAGGGAAAGAUUCGAUACAUUGUUUUACUUUUGGAAAUUCCGAGUUACUACCGAUCGAGGCGUACAUUAUCGGACACCAUCAUCAACAAAAUGUAUGGGUGGAGUAUGAUCUUGAAAAAUCUCGGAUUGGCUUUGCUCAAGUACAAUGCAAUAUAGCGAGUCAAAGAUUUGGUUUUUAUCGUUGAAAGUUAUAUAUAGUUCGAGUCAAAAAUAGCAGAGUGGUUCUAUCGCGGCCCUAAUGAUAACCAAUGGAGAUGGUGGAAAACAUGUCAUGUGAUAAAUGGAUUUUUGCAAGUAGAGGUUUGAGUGGUCCCAAAGUAAUGUAUAUAACACCCCUCAAAUUUAUGAAUUGCCAUACUUGGAGUUGCAAGACAUCAAGUGAAGGUAGGGGUAGUUGGUUCAAGACUAGAAAUGGUUGGUGAUUUUUUUUUAAAGAGAGGCCUUCACCAUUUUGUACAUUUUGUGAUUCAACAUAAAGGGUGUGUUGAAUUUUCAAAGGCAAUUAAUAAUCUUCUUUGUCUAGUUAUGUGUACUCAUUGAGUUAUUUUGUUUGUAGGGAAAUAUAUAUUGGUUAUUAUUGUAAUAAAAUC